AUGAAGCAAGACUUAUCUGAAAAUUGGGACAUAAAUGCUACUGUUCUAUAUGAUCGGCCACCACAUAUAUUCCAACCAAUCACAUUACAAGAGAAACAUGAUUGGUUUCUUAAGCUUAGUCAAAAAUAUUCAGAAUUUUCAUACAAUAGUGAAGCAGAAAAUAUAGAAAACCAAAUGAGUACAGCUUUCACUAUAAUUGAUGGUAAUGAAUUGAAGUUGCGACUAGACAGGCCAGGGUUACUUUUUAGCAGUACUAGUUGGACCCCUGAUGAAGAUUUUAGUGUUCUGAUGGAAGCAUUGCAAGUAUAUGAAACUGCAUAUGAUUUAACCAAAAAGUUGCCUAAACUAAUCUGUGUGAUAACUGGCAAAGGCCCCAUGAAGAAGCACUAUAUAGAUCUCAUAACAUCUAAAAAUUGGCAACAUGUUAAAGUGUUAACUCCAUGGUUAGAUGCAUGUGACUAUCCCACAAUGGUGGCGAGUGCAGACUUGGGGGUUUGCCUUCAUACCAGUUCCUCUGGCUUAGAUUUACCUAUGAAGGUUGUUGAUAUGUUUGGGGCUGGUUUACCUGUAUGUGCAUUCUCCUUUAGAUGCCUUGAAGAACUUGUUCAAGAUGGUGUUAAUGGUUAUGUGUUUAAGACAAGUGAAGAGCUGUCCAAACUUAUAGUUGGGUGGUUUGAAGGUUUCCCCAACAAUUAUGAGAAGAAUAAGAUAGCAGAAAAAAUGAGGAGAGAGUUAUCCAAAUUCCAGGAGUCAAGAUGGGAAGGAAACUGGAAUUUAAGAGCAAAAAAAUUUUUUGGAUCAUAA